AUGGUUUCGCUGAAGCGGCUCGCCGCUAGUGUCCUCAAGUGUGGAAGAGGCAAAGUUUGGCUCGAUCCUAAUGAGGGCAACGAGAUCUCCAUGGCCAAUUCCCGCCAAAAUAUCAGAAAAUUGGUGAAGGUUGGUUUCAUCAUCAGGAAGCCAACCAAAAUUCACUCAAGAUCUCGUGCUCGCAGAAUGAAGGAGGCCAAGAGGAAGGGCCAUCACUCUGGAUACGGUAAGCGCAAAGGUACCAGGGAGGCUAGACUACUCACAAAGGUGCUUUGGAUGAGGAGAAUGAGAGUCCUUAGGCGCUUGCUUCGCAAUUACAGGGAGUCAAAGAAGUUUGACAGGCACAUGUAUCAUGACAUGUACAUGAAGGUGAAUGGUAAUGUUUUCAAGAACAAGCGUGUGCUGAUGGAAAAUAUCCAUAAAACAAAGGCUGAAAAGGCUAGAGAAAAGACCUUGUCCGACCAAUUUGAGGCCAGGAGGGCAAAGAACAAAGCUAGCAGGAAAAGAAAGUUCGCUAGGAGGGAGGAGCGUUUGGCACAGGGACCAUGAGAGAGGCCAGUU